AUGUAUCUGCAUGUGGAAUGCAUUUUCUUGUCACAUUGCGAGGGAAUCAGCAAAAUUUCUCUGGAAGAAGCGUAGUCUGUCACCGUAGUUCAACUAGCCAUGCAUGUUGACUAGUUUGGCUCACAAAUCAACUUUAGUAAUCAAAACCGGGCAUUUCUAUGUACGAUCAAGACAAAUGGAGAGGUCGAGGUUUUUGCCGGCUGCGAAUGAGGGGAAGGUAGUGUGAUGGGGAAUUUAAGGAUUGCCAGUUUCGACAACCGAUGAGCAUCUGCACGGAGUCUGAAAACGUCAUUUAUAUCUGUGAUGCCCGGACAAAUUCCAUCAAGAUCUGCACUAAAAUGGUCGAGUGCGCCAGAUUUUUCAACUCUGUUGGUCAGCUUUUUGACGCCUUUUCCAUCCAUUGUAAAGGAACAGGUUACUUUGUUAAGUCUGCCGAUGAAGCACUCUCCCUUGUCCGCCAGUGUAAAGAGCUUCUGGAGAGGAACACCAACGGGAUCCGAAUGAGUACUGGCGUUACCAGCGCCCUUAAUGGACCUCAAUGA